GAACAAAUUAAAACUAAACAGAGUCAACCACAACAAGAAAUAAAUAAAAAAAUAUAAAAAUUAAAGUGUCGAGUAUGAAUAACACUAGUAAGCAAGCAGUCCGUGUGACUUACAUUUGGCUUUCAGGGAAGGAUUCACACCAUGAUAUUCGCAGCAAGGAUCGCACAAUGUAUCUUACGCCAGAGGAUAUAGCAAAAUCCCCAAAGUCACUUGUUGCUGAAGGUGUAUUUCCUGUGUGGAAUUUCGACGGUUCAUCAACUGGCCAAGCUAAAGGUCUCGACACAGAGAUUUUGCUGAAUCCUGUGAAUGCGUUUCCUUGUUGCUUACCUCACUUUUCAACUAAGAUUCCGUGGAUUUUAGUUCUUGCUGAGUGUUAUUUACCUAAUGGUGAGCCGACACCGGACAAUUCCCGGGCAUUGGCGCGUCAAAUAUUUGAACAGCUUACGGAUGAGCACCCUUGGUUUGGUUUGGAGCAGGAGUAUUUUUUGAUUAAGAAUAACCGGCCAUUUGGGUGGCCAGAGAAAGGGUUUCCUGCUCCCCAAGGUCCAUAUUACUGCUCCACAGGCUCUCAGAGGGCUAUGGGGCGUAGUUUCGUUGAUGAACAUUACGAAAUUUGUUUGGAAAUGGGCCUAAAUAUUUCAGGCACAAAUGCAGAAGUAACACCGGGACAGUGGGAGUUUCAGGUGGGCCCUUGUGAAGGCUUGGAAAUGGGGGAUCAAAUAAUAGUUGCACGGUGGGUACUUCUUCGUAUUCUUGAGAAAUAUGAUUUGGACGUUGACUACAGUGCGAAGCUGAUUGAAGGUGACUGGAAUGGUAGUGGGCUACAUACAAAUUUUUCUACCAAGACGACACGUGCCGAGAAUGGGAUUGAGGCCAUCUACAAGUAUGUCGAGCGACUAAGUGAAUCUGUGAGUAAGGACAUUGUAUUUUAUGGCGCAGAAAAUGACAAGAGGCUAACAGGAAAGCACGAAACAUCAAAGGCCACUGAGUUCACUUCAGGCGUUGGUACACGUGGGACAUCCAUUCGGAUUCCGAAUUCAGUGGCAACUGAGAAAAGGGGUUACAUGGAGGAUCGUCGCCCCGCUGGUGAUGCUGAUCCAUACUUAGUGACGUCACGUUUAUUUGCAUCCUGUGUCGGACUUGAGACACCCUCUCUUGAUCUAGCUUCCCCAACUCAUGAGAAAGAAUGGAUGAGAAAAGCCUUUUGUUGA